CAGGGAGCCUGCCCUGGCCCUGAUGCGUGCCGUUGCCACCCUGGAGCUGCUUUAGUUUCAUUUUUUGGAAAUAAAGGAAGCCCAGAAGAAAGUGAUGUGAAGAGAUUUGGAGUUGGGACUUUAUUCUUCCAUCCCUGGCUGAACACGGAAAUUUGUGGAAUUAUGCCAAAUUGCAUCAGAUCAGGAAAGGUAUGAGAACUGGAUACUCAUCACAAUGAAAUGCGACAAUGAAUAAUAGAGGUGCAAGAGACCAACCCAAACACCUCUGACCUGACAUAUUUCUGCACACAGGCAACUACAGCUGUGGAAAUCAGCUGUGCCAUGUCAGUCACAUGACCUGGAACCUGGAAUCUUGUGCUUUCAUGUCAGUGAUGUUAAUGUCUCCAAUAUCAUCAAGAAGAGGAUGUGCUUUUAUCAGCAGAAAAAAAGUUGAAAACUUGAAGACAUCUUUGUUCCUUAUAUGGAAAUCAUCCUCAUGUAUUUAGAAAAAGCAAGGAGCUUUGUGAAUGGACAGUGUGCUGGAAUUGAACCCUGGCAACUGAUUGGCUCGACAUUUGCUUCUACUCUGGUGGUGGUGUGGCUGCACGGUAUCCUCUUCCAACCAGAGAGUUUAACAUCACGAAGUAAAAAAUGGUUCUUUAAAACUCUAAGAAAACUGCCGUUUGUUGGCACCAUAAUACAGAAGCAGUUUAACAAGGCCUUGGAUGAUGUAGCCUCUGGUUUACGCUUCCUAAAUGAUGGAAAGGGUUAUAUCAAAGCAUUGCCUGCGCAAGGCAUGAGCCAACCUGUCCUACUAGAGAAGAUGAAGGAGUACAGCUCUAUGGGUAAAGUACAUUGGGAGGAUGGGAAAGUCUCUGGGACAGUAUACAGCGGGGAAGAGAAACUCACUCACCUGCUAGUGAAGGUUUAUGAGGAGUUUGCAUGGAGUAAUCCCCUUCAUCCAGAUGUAUUCCCAGGCCUGAGGAAGAUGGAAGCGGAAGUGGUGAGGAUGGCCUGCACACUCUUCAAUGGGGGACCUAAUUCCUGUGGAGUAAUGACCUCUGGUGGGACUGAGAGCAUUUUGAUGGCCUGUAAAGCCUACAGGGAUCUAGCCUACGAGAGAGGAAUCAAGCACCCAGAAAUACUGGUUCCAUUGAGUGUUCAUGCAGCAUUCGAUAAAGCAGCUCAUUAUUUUGGACUGAAGAUUGUGCACAUACCGUUGACCAAGACCAUGCAAGUGGAUGUUCAGGCAAUGAGAAGGGCAAUUUCAAAGAACACUGCUAUGCUGGCCUGUUCAGCUCCCCAGUUUCCCCAUGGAGUUAUGGACCCAAUUGCGGAGGUGGCAAAGCUGGCACUGAAGUAUAGAAUCCCCUUCCAUGUGGAUGCCUGUCUGGGUGGCUUCCUCAUUGCUUUCAUGCAGAAGGCAGGAUUUCCGCUACAGCAUCCAUUUGACUUCCGUGUGGAAGGUGUGACUAGCAUUUCUGCAGAUACCCACAAGUAUGGCUAUGCCCCAAAAGGCUCUUCAGUGAUAUUGUACAGUGACAAGAAAUACAGGCACUAUCAAUUCUUUGUUGCCCCUGACUGGCAAGGGGGCAUCUAUGCCUCCCCCACCAUUGCUGGCUCCAGGCCUGGUGGCAUCAUUGCAGCUUGCUGGGCAACCAUGAUGUACAUGGGAGAAGACGGUUAUGUUGAGGCUACUAAGAAGAUCAUUAGUACUGCACGGUUCAUUGAAUCAGGGUUGCGGAAAAUUGACAACAUCCAAAUCUUUGGGAAACCUGAGGUGUCUGUCAUCUCUAUUGGAUCAGAUGUUUUUGACAUCUAUCGGCUGUCAAAUUUGUUAAGCACUAGAGGAUGGAACUUAAAUGUCCUGCAGUUCCCGUCAAGCAUCCAUCUCUGCAUUACGCAGCUGCACACAAAACCUGGCAUUGCAGAACAAUUCUUGGAGGAUGUCAGAGACUGUGUCUUAGAGAUCAUGAAGGACCCUAAAGCCAAGACCACUGGCAUGGGUGCCAUCUAUGGAAUGGCGCAGUCCAUCCCAGACAGGAACAUGGUAUCAGAGAUUUCUCAUGCAUACUUGGACUGCCUCUAUAGCACAGACAUCCCUUCCAGUGACAAACACAUGAACGGUUCUCCUGGACACUCUUGAAUGUAGUAACUGGUACUUUGCCAGCCAGCUCUGAGGUGGUAUUCUGAAUUCCUGGAGGAAGGAGAUUAUACUAAGCUACUGUCUUUGAUCCUGCAAAUGCAGGGAGCAGCUUUCUCUACUGAACUUUCCUCCCCUUUCUCUUUGUCUCAUCCCUCUACUUUCUGAAAUCAACUUUUGAGUAAUUUAAACUGCCUUUGUCACUUCUCAAUAGUUGGUUUAGGUUUAUUUUUUCUAUUGUAUCGCCUUAGUUAGCUACCAAGACUAGUCCUAAAAGCUUGGGUGGAAUGGCAUUGUUAUGGCAAUUGAAUGUCCAUUCCACAACCCCCUAACUCCUCAGGUAUUCUGUCUUUGUUUGUUCUGUACCAUUUCUUUUCCUGGAAGAAAAGCUGUGGAUCUUUUUAUAGUGAAUGCCCCACUAGGAUUUGGGUUCUCUGUAAUUGUUUGAAACAUAGAGACACUGAGGCAACCUCCCCAGAAGUUGGAGGUAGAAAGUGAAUUGAACACAAGUAUUCAGUGACUCCUCCAACCAUACUGCUAACUACUGUGUUUACCAAAUUGUGUCAUGGGGGAUUAUAUCUUGCUAACUCUGAACAUGAUCGUCUUUCCUUUUAUUGAUUCACCAAUCCAGUCUUUGAAUUCUCUACAUACGGAGAUCCAGUUAGAUACAGUUGUCAAUUUAUAAAUAGUAAUUUCUUUGGAUGACUUUGGAUGACUUUCUUAAUAUAAGCAACUCUUCCUGAGUCUUGUAUAAAUUGCAAUAGAAGUAGAAAAUUCAUUUUAAACCAAACGGGUAGGAUAAGGAAAAGAGUCUGAAGGUCUUUAUACUUUAUACAGUAUCACUGCUCUCCUGCUUCUUGUUCUAGAACUUUUAAAUUACCACCUAUGCUGUUGUAUCUUGCACAACUCCGGAGGAGAGCAAAAUUAUAAUUUUAUUGUAUGUAACUUGAAGGUUUUGCACUAUCCUAAAAUGCUGCAGUGAAAUCAGUUGAGCCUUGCUCUGCGUAAUGGCUGGGGAUUUAUGUGCAAACAUAUGGCACCAAAGUUAACUUUUUUUACACCAUCGUUUAAUAUGAAGAGAUGACUUUUGUAAAAGAAAGUAGUGGUUUCUGUCUGCUCUUUGCACUGACUCUCUUUUAAGGCACAUUUUCAAUGGGCAUUCACCAGUGUGCCUUGACACUGCUCUAGCUUUUCCUGAGACUUCACGAAGAGUAUGAUGGAUCAGCUGCUGACUGUGAUGUUGCCAUGGUCAUCUCCUUAUGGUACUAUGUUGAAAAUAAUCCGUAGCAAACUGGACUCAGGUACAGUACACUCCACCCUCCAUCUAAUAGUCUUAUUGAGCCAAGUGUUUUCAGUGUUAUAAAGGUGUUGAUAUAGUGCUGAGCGUGAGGUGUUAUGGUGAGAUCUAAUUAAUAUUGAAGGUAUGAAGGUCUUGGGUUCUAAGGAGAGGGUCUCUAUCAAGAAUUAGCCCCACCUUCCCUACUUUUUUGCAUUACUUUGUCUUUUAUGCAGACUGCAUUGAGUAGUCUUGUAAAAUGGUUGCAGCCCCCUGAACAAACUAGAAAAGCUUUUGAUGCUAAUCGUUGGCGUGGUUAGCCCUAUAGAGCCUUAUAAUUAGAGUGGAGUGCAUUUUCCAAUACUCAUUCUUUUGAGCCAUUUCUGCAUAUUCUAGGCACUUCAAAUGCAAACUCUCAAAAGAGGUGGUUGCAUUAUGCAAUGCUUCCC